UCAGUUCAUUCUGUCCCACUGACCGUUGCAAGUCUAACUUUUCCUCUCAUGAUGCAUAUUAUUGUUUAUUCGUGAAGUUUGGCAUUUCUUUUGGUUCAUAUAAUUACAUAUUCAAGUCUGCAAAACUCUGGCGGACCCAGUUCUCCCAAAAGUUCUAGAGUAGAUAAUGUACAAAAUGCACUCUACAAUUACGGGGCUAAGUAUAUUUACAGCAGUUUUAUUCAUCUGUACAUGGAUUCCAUCAGCAAUGCCAACAAUUAUUUCAAUUCGUGACACAAAAAACUCCAUUCCCCGAGUUUUCGACGCGGAUCGCUGCAUCCCCAUGAUAUCACUGAAUAGACCCCCGGACGACCCUCUUUACGAAAUAGAAACGAAUGGGAACUGUAUCAACAUUUAUUCCAAGGAAAAUUGCAUCGGAGACUACAUCCGGCUUCAAACAACCGUUUAUUUUACAGUGAUCCAAAACAUGUCGGCUCACCGGUGGGAAGGGAACGUUUUGGUGGGUAAUGAAAACAUUACCGUGAGCUCGAUCAGGGAGUGUUUUGACUAUUGUUUUCCUUGGAAUUGGCACCGAAUGAGAGAGGAAAUCCCGGUUAGCGUGACCCUUUACGACUUGGAAAAUUAUAUGGGAAAUAGUACAAAUAGUACAACCCUGACAAUUUCUAGGAACGAGUGCAUUCCAGUCACCCCCGUGAAGACGUGGCGUUCCAUCAAAAUUCCAGGAACCGCGUUAUCCAGCUGUAUCCAACUACAUGCCGACGCCUCGUGUGGGGGGAACUCGGUCCAAUUGCAGCCAGGAUACCCGAACUUGCAAGAUUUGUGGUGGUGGGGCUUCUACGAUGGACUAAGGCCUGCAGAGAUGGCUAGAUCCGUCUCACUUUGCGGAUACACCUGCCCAGACGGCGAAAUUUUCCCUGUACCCACGGUACGGUCAAGAAGCUUGACGAAAAGUACGACGCCUAGGACCAUCAUUUCAACCACAACUAAAAAUUACACUACGAUGCCAACAAUUGAGUCUAAAAACUUGCAUGUUGGUGACACCAUAAUUAAUUUGCAUGGAGCCGAACAACCCUGGAAUUUGCCGAUGUGGGCGGUUUUCUUAAUCAUUUUGGCGAUUUUAUUACUCUCCUGUGUUUCCGGUUUGGGAGGUGGUUGUAUCCUUCAAUGGGUACGAAAUAUGCAAGGUCGCUCGUCCGGAGAACAUAGUAAAUCACGGGCCGAUAAUAUUUAGGUAGUGGCGUUCAUAUUGUAAAUGGGAUCAGUUUGUUAAUUGUU